UUAAUAUUCGAAGGAGUGGUUGGUUAUUCAGUUACUUGAUCUUCCAAGUCAUUUUCAAAAUGCUCCCAAUUUCAUUCUCAAUUUAGGGUUUUAGCUCAAUUCCGUACAUCCAUGGAGUUCAUCUGCGCGAACUACUUAUGCACUGUUCCUUCUUCGUUUCAACCGUUGUUGCUUCAGAGAAGCGGAGGAAGAGGCAAGAAGGCAUGGCGAGCUCGAAUUUCGAGUUCCGCAGCGACGGGAAGUUCUGCUUCAAACGGCAGCGUUUCGAGGGCCUUGAAGCAACCGAGCAAAUCGAGCAGUGCGCUGGAACAGCUUGACUUCGAGCGUGGCGUCUGCAUCCCUUUCCGCAAGUACUCUCCCGAGAUCGUGAGGAAUAAGGUAUUAGAAUCAAGAGGGGCUAUUUUGUCACUUAUGUUGCGGGGAGUGGAGAUAGUUUGGAGUCUGGGCUUCUACUGGUCUACCUUGAUGUAUGAUUUCCUAGUUGGAAGGGAUGAAGAGGUUGUUCCAUAUCGUGCCCGACAACUUAGGAACCUCUUGUGUGAUCUGGGGCCUUCCUUUAUUAAAGCUGGUCAGGUCCUUGCAAAUAGGCCAGAUAUCAUUAGAGAAGAUUAUAUGAAUGAACUAUGCAUUCUUCAAGAUGAUGUUCCUUCAUUUCCCAAUCAAAUUGCCUUCAGUAUCAUAGAGGAGGAACUGGGUCAGCCCCUUGAAGCUGUUUUCAGCAGAAUCUCAUCAAAGACAAUAGCAGCUGCAAGUUUAGGUCAAGUUUACCGGGCUACUUUACGUGCCACUGGCGAGGAUGUUGCUAUCAAGGUACAAAGGCCUGAGAUAGAGCCCAUAAUAUAUCGAGAUCUUUUCCUAUUCCGCACAUUGGCUUCAUUCUUAAAUGGCAUUAGUAUUCAGAAAUUAGGGUGUAAUGCUGAGCUGAUUGUUGAUGAAUUUGGUGAAAAGCUUUUGGAAGAGCUUGAUUAUACCUUGGAAGCACGCAAUCUUGAAGACUUUCUUGAGAAUUUUAAAAACGACCCAACUGUCAAAAUUCCUCGGGUUUACAAACAACUUUCUGGUCCACGUGUGUUAGUAAUGGAAUGGAUUGAUGGUAUUAGGUGCACCAAUCCCAAGGCGAUCAAAGAAGCUGGUAUUGAUGUAGAUGGGUUUCUAACAAUUGGUGUGAGUGCUGCCCUGCGACAAUUGUUGGAAUUCGGAUUAUUUCAUGGAGAUCCUCACCCUGGAAAUGUUUUUGCCAUGCGAGAUGGACGGAUUGCAUAUGUGGACUUCGGCAAUGUUGCUGUUCUUAGUCAGCAAAAUAAACAGAUUUUAACUGAUGCUGUUGUGCAUGCUGUGAAUGAGGACUAUGCUGAGAUGGCUAAUGAUUUCACCAGAUUAGGCUUCCUGACACCGGGGACCGAUGUCACUCCAAUAAUUCCUGCUUUAGAAGCAAUUUGGCAGAACUCUUCUGGAAAAGGACUGUCAGAUUUUAAUUUUCGUAGUGUCACUGGAAAGUUUAACCAGUUGGUUUACAAUUAUCCCAUUCGAAUCCCUGAAAGGUUUUCACUUGUAAUCCGUUCUUUGUUGACUCAAGAAGGCAUCUGUUUUACUCUGAAGCCUGACUUCAAAUUUCUUGAGGUUGCCUAUCCAUAUGUGGCUAAGCGAUUACUAACAGACCCAAAUCCAGCUCUACGUGAACGCCUCAUACAGGUUCUAUUCAAAGAUGGUCUUUUCCAGUGGAAACGGCUUGAAAACCUUAUUAUUCUUGCAAAGGAAAAUGUGGCCAAGAUGAGCAGCAAUCCAGCACUGCAAGUGAAAAACACGCAAAGCCUGAGAGACUUGAAAGUAGAAAAAAAAUUGGACCUCACGGACACAAUCAAAGACGGAGCUCGCCUUUUCUUUAUUGAUGAAGGAAUACGUAGACAGCUUCUUCUUGCUUUGACCGAGGACUCAAAGCUUCAUAUUGAAGAGCUUGUCGAUGUGUACAGGUUGGUUGAAGAUCAGAUAGACAUACCCUCAGUGGCUGUGGAAGUAGCUCGAGACUUUCCAACGGUUGUCAGGGAUCUCCUUCUUUCAUGGAGUGAGUCAGUUUUGUCUGAUAGAUAGCUAAAUCUUUGGACGACCUGCAUAGCAAAUACAGAUAUUGUUUCAGUCAGUAAGUAUACUUUACACAUAUCCUAUAUUUUCCCUUUUUCUUUUUAAUUGCAGAAGGUUUAUUAUAUAAAUUACUGCUGCCAACACUUUUGUAACACAAGGAAAUAACUACUACAUUUGUAUAGGGAAUUUUUUUUUGCUCAGUAAAUAUGAAAUUGUGGUUUCGAAAAGUUCAAAAAAUUCAUAUAAUCGUUCAGCUACCUUCAUUUUAUUUAUUGUACUUAUUAAUGUAACCUCACCUACUAGUUUAAGUUUUUGAGUUGAAUUAAUUCUUUACAUGGUAGAGAGCCUAGGUGUCACAGGUUUAAUCCUCAUUGCCCCCUAUUUGAUUAAUAAUUAAUUUAAUAUUGUAAAGUUUUUUAGCAUAGGUAGUGGGCCUGGUGCAUUAUUUAUCCUUCAAGUCUAUUGGUCUCUAUUUGAGGAGACGUGUUAGAGAUAUAUAAAAUAAAUCAGUAAUGUAACCUCAUUUAAUAGUUUAAGUUUUUGGAUUGAAUUACUUCUUUACAUCUAACUCAUUUAGUUAUGUAAACUUCUGUUUCUGCUCAUUGAUAGGUUACACGUCUGUAUUUUGUGAAAUCGCUAAUAAAAUCCUUUGGUUGAUCUUCUGUAUCACCUUCUGUUUAUCUGUUACAAACUGAAAAUUCACGUGACUAAUAUGUG